AAAAAAUCUUCACAUUUUUUAAUGUCACCUAAAUUAAUUCUCUUGUUAUUUUUUAAUUUUACUUAAGACCAAAAGAUUUUGACUGUUGAUUUUCUUAUCAUUCACUGAUCUUAUCUAUAGUCCUCAAAACGUUUUUACCGCUACGUGUUCACUUAAAGAAUUAGCAUUGUGUCAGUUGAAGGCGUAAAAAUAGAACAUUUUUUGACAGGUGUCCAGAUAACUGGACAAAAUAACCGCUUUUCCAGACUUUUCCGAUCUAGUUUUUAUGUAACUUUAAUUUUUCUUUUUGUCGUUUGCUAAAGUGAAAGUUUUUGUAACAAUUUUUUCCCCCCGUUGAUUAAAUUUAUGGCCGUGCUUGGAGGCAAUUUCCCGUAAAAAUGAAUUAUUAAUAGAUGUCCAACAAAAGUGUAGGGUUAACAAUGGGCUGAAUUUUGCUUCCUGGGGGAUAAAGGAGUCCAGUGAAUGCAGCUUUUAGAUUUCCUUGUUUUUUUGUUUGGUGUUGGGCGCUAUAUGAAUAUAUUAGUAAGAUGGUCGUGUUUUGGCUUACUAAACGAAAGGUUUUUCUCCAGUGUUAUGACUGAGGCAAACGGUUCGAGAGAAAUGUUCCAAAACUUCCCAUGGCUCCUUCAAAUAGCAGUUCACUACUGAACUCGAAGUCCCUUGAACAAAUGCGACACGAACUUUCCUCGAGGGAUAUUCCUCUUGUUAUAGCUGAAAGCUUUCUUCUGGCAAGUAUUUCAUUGGCAUCGCUCUUGGGUAAUAUAUUGGUCCUGAUGGCCAUCUACAAGAGCCCUCGACUUAAGUCUCCCACGAAUUAUCUCAUAAUUUCAUUGGCAUGGGGUAAUCUCUUGACGGCUCUGAUCGUUGUCCCGAUGUCUACUGGAGUUCUAGCCACAGGCAAGAUGUUCAUGGGCGUUCAGGGCUGUAAAGCCUUCGGUUGCAUGACUUAUCUUUUGUCAAACAUCACAUUCUACACGAUAGGACUGAUUGCUUUUAACCGAUUCUUGCUGGCUUUGAGUCCCAAAUGGUAUGACUUCUUCUUCAGUACCAAGUCCACUAUCAUGACCAUCGUAUCCAGUUGGGUUUUCCAGUUCAUUUACGCCGUUUUGCCUGCCGUGACGAACUGGAGUGAAGUAUUCUUAAUGCCUGGUUACACCACCUGUGCGUUGUUUGUGACAAACCCGGCGGCGAAAGUGAUUUACCGGACUCAGAGCGAGCUCCAAAUGAUUGGUGGGUUUAUCAUUAUCAUCAUGUGUUAUACUGUAGUACUUAUCAAGAUUAGAAAGACCCAUCUCAUCUUUCCCGAGGUGGAGGCAAGUACUAUCAUGGAGAAUCCCAGAGACCCUCAACGUGAUCCAGUCGACCAAUGCAGUCGGUCAUCCCGGUAUCUUACUCCUGACGUCCCCAAUUCUCCGGUAACCGGAGUGACAAAGCGCCGUAUGACUUCUGCAGUUUGUUUGCUUGAGAAAGUACCAGAAGAAAGUACAGUUGAAAAGGAACACGACGCACUGGACCAGCGCUGCAACACGGCCGGAAAACUAAUCCAAGGAAACAGCUCGGACAACCCAGAUGCUGGCAAAUCAGGAGACCAUGUUAAAACCAAAGAUUAUAAAAAUGUUGUUCCAAGCGACUUCAACCAAGAAGCCUCGAAAGCACAUAAGUACCACAGAGAAGAAUCGUCCCACGAUGGUAUUGGUUCAGAUUCUGAUGCUGCUCCAAGCGAUGCCAACCAAGUGGACCCAGAACUCGAGGCACAAGAAUCACCAGCCGAUGUGGCAGAUUCUUCCAAAAGUGAUCCACAACAUCCCCACAGAUUCCUGUCCCAGAUGAAAACAACGAAGCUGUUGUUCGCAAUAACUCUGUUCUUCCUUCUGUCGUGGGUUCCGCUGGCUGUCACCAUAGUGGUGGAGUCCUACCAAUCUGAGUACUUGUCGCGACAGGUUGAGCUGUUUGGCAUCACACUCUUGUAUCUAGGCACCACCUUCAAUCCUGUCAUUCUGCCCAUCAUGAGCAGGCACUUCAGGACGGAAUUCUUGAAGAUGCUUUGUAUCAGGAACGCAGUAGCUGUUCGCCCUCAAGUCUCUGCAAAACCGAACGUUUAGGGGGAAAAAACGAUUGCGAGUUAUCAAGUAUGGAAUGUUCUUCGCAUGAGAACUCCCCAUUGCAUAUACUUUGCCACCUCCUCACUCGUGAACUUGCUAGAACUUGAAAGUAGACAGUUCUCGUGGAUUGAUGAUUCGGCUUGUAUAAGAUUAGUAUUAAUCCUGAAUUUGAAUAUGAAGUUGAAAAAUUUUUUGGUUGUUUUGUGAAUUAAAGAUCGUGGGCUAGCACUAGUUAAAGCUUUGAACUGAGUUGAUUAAAGUUAGUGAGCAUAUCAAAUGAAAAUGCUUCCAUUCGGGACCAGUGCAGAUCUUGCAAGGACCAACUGGAUACAUCAUUUUCUGGCUAUCCGGUUUUUUGAGCAAUUUUUACUCUUUAAUUUAGGUACGGAACCAAAUGUGACGUUCAUCCGCUGAAACCCCCAUCCAGAAUAGGCCCUUGGGCUUCCGAGAAAAAGAGAUGGACUCAAUAUGUAGAUUUGAAAUUCCCAAAUCGGAGUUCCAAAUUCCUUAUUUUAAAAUCGGAGUUUCAAGACAUAUUCAUGAAAUUCACCACUUUCCAUACAUUCGUUUCACUGGUCAAAUACGAAACAUUCAA